AAAAUGUUAAAGGGCACAGAUGCCCAUUGGUGACAACCUAAAUUAUUCUAUUCGAAUUGCAAAAGAAAUUUAUUCGGUUGAACUAACAUAAUCAAACAAGAGUUUUUUACUCGAAUAGCAGUUGGUCCCAGACUCGCAGUGCAGCAUUCCUAGUUAGCGCCAAUAUCCAUGGUUUUUACUUGACUCUUUCACACUGAAGUGAAGUAAAUGUGGUUCUUUUUUUUGCCCGGUGAAGAAACUGCUACACAUUUGCAUGUGAGAUUUGAUUAAAGUGGGGCAAUGGGAGGAGAAACAAAUGAAGUUGGGGUUUCUCGUGAAGAAGAGAAGCUUGUGAUGAUUGGAGGUUAUGAAAAGGGUGUGGAGUUAGAUGCUCGUGAAGGGAAAACAGAAUCAGGUGAUGGGUGUGAUGAUGUAUCUAGUGGAAAAAGUGGAGAGGAUGAGUCAGAAGAGGAGAUAAUGCCUUUUAGUUUCUUGGUGGACGAUGCUAAUUACAAUGAACUUGCAGAGAAUAAGAGAAAAGCCAUUGCGUCUUACCAAGAUGACAAACAAACUUCGAAGAAACAGAAGGGGGAGGUAGAGUUUCUAGGUGCUAGCAUGGAUGAAAUCAUGGAAGCCAUGAAUUACGGGUCUAGGAGGAAGUCAAGGAAGAAAAAGAGAAAAGGAAGGCGCAAAGGUUCUAGAAGCAGCAUGGACCCCGAAGCCAGGAAAAUGUUAGGUGAGGCCACACUGUGCUAUGCGACAGGGGAUUACGAGAGGGCCAUACAGUUGCUCAGUGAGUGUAUUAGGCGUAGCCCAACGCACGAUGCUUAUCAUACGCUCGGCCUCGUCUACAACGCAAAGGGCGAUAAGAAAAGGGCCAUCUGUUAUUACAUGCUUGCUACACAGAGUGUAGACAGGCCAAAGGACACAUCCCUCUGGAAGUCACUACUUUCUUGGUUUUUAGAUCAAGGUAAAGCUGCUGCUGUUAAUUAUUACCUUCCCAAGGCCAUAGCUGUGGACCCCAAUGACAUCAUGCUUAAGUUCCUUGGCGCAUCACAUUACACUGAACUCAAAGAGUAUGAGAAAGCUGCAAAGCUGUAUGAACAGAUACACCACCUCAGACUCAAUGAUUCUGAAGUCUGCAUGGCAGCAGCUGAGCUGUAUAAGCAGUGUGGUAAGGUUGAAUCUUCACUGGUUGCUCUUGAGAGUUAUCUCAGCCAUUGCCCAACCCGUGGCGAUCCACGAAUCACUUUGAUGCUAGCCAGCAUAUGCAUUGAGAACGGUGAGUAUUCUAGAGCUCUUCAACAUAUUCAAAAAGGGGAAGAUUGCUCCAGUAGAGAAUCUUCCUUUAGAGAUCUAAUAACAGCUAAGGCAGGAAUUUGCUACCUCCAUCUCGGAGAUCUAGAUAGCGCAAAAUCCCGUUUUGGGUCACUCCGUGUUGAGAAAGUAAAUGACAUUAUGGAGUCAAUAAUUGAAAUCGCAGACACGUUCAAGAAGCUCGGUCAUCAUCAGUCUGCUUUGCAUUACUACUUGAUGUUGGAAAAAGAUUUAGGAUCAACCAGUGGAAAUCUGAAUUUAAAAAUCGCUGGAUGUUACUUGUCUCUAGAAAAGUGGGAUGAAGCAAUUGAAUCCUUCUACAAAGCUCUACCUUUGCUUGAACAUGGUGUUGAGACUCGGCUUACCUUAGCUUCACUUCUUCUUGAGAGAGGUAGAGACGAAGAAGCCAUAUUUCUUCUUUCUCCCCCAAAUCCAGGGGUUGGGUUGAAAACCAUAUGUAACAAUAACAACAUCAUCAACAACAAGAACAAUAUACAAAGUGAUGAAUGGUGGAAUGAUGUGGAAGUGCAACUUAAGCUUUCCAACAUCUACCGAGAUAAAGAUAUGAUUGGAGAAUUCGUUGACACAUUUUAUCCCUUGGUUUGUCAGGCUUUUACCUUUGAACCUCCAAAAAUGGCAGCUAAGAAUAAAAAGCUCCCUGAGAGAGUGCAUCAAGAAAGAGCCAAAAUGUUAUACGCUGAUCAAACUGACGAUCUAGUCCUAGGUUUUAAACCUGUGGCUAAUGUAGAGGAUAGACAAAAGGCCAUGAGAGCAAAGAGGGUACUCGAGAAGAGAUCUUCAUUGAAAGAUGAAAAGAAAAGACGAUCUCUAGCCGCUGGUAUGGAUUUGAUGGGCGAAGAUUCAGAUCCAGGCUCAGAUUCAGAAUCUCGGGUACCGUUGCACAAGAAGAAAUCUCCAACACCCAAACUCCUAAAAGACACAGAGAAUCAUCAACUUUUUGUGGACUUGGCCAAAGCUCUUGCAUCUCUAGGAAGAUACGAAGAGGCAUUUGACGUUGGCAUACUUACGCUCAGAUUUGCUUCCAACAUAUUGUCAGAUGAAAGAAGGGAAAGUAUUACAACCGUCGCUGUCCAGGUGGCAUGUGAAGUCCAAGACACAAUGCGCAGCUGCAAGUUCCUGAAGUCUAUCCUUCUUAAACACCCUUCUAAAAUGGAAACAUGGAGUUACUACUAUAAAGCACUAUCAAAAGUAGACAAGACCCUCCCCUCAAGAAAAAGACAAAAACGCAUUCACAAUCAACGGACAGCUUGUGUCCCGUCUAUCAUCAUCGAAGGCCAUAAGUUUGGUAACAUCCAUCAGUACCAUGUAGCAGCUAGGAAGUACCUGGAAGCUUGCAAACUUCAACCCAAUUGCCCUUUAAUUAAUCUUUGCGCAGGAACUGCGUUGAUUAACUUAGCAUCAGAUAUUAGGCUGAAGAGUAAGCAUGAAUGUGUGUUACAAGGGCUGGCUUUUCUGUACAACAAUUUGAGGCUAUCUGAGAAGGAGAGCGAUAUCCGCCAAGAAGCCUUGUACAACAUAGCACGGGCAUAUCAGCUUGUGGGGCUCGUCACUAUUGCAGCUUCUUACUAUGAAGAGGUGCUAAGGACUCCUGUGAAGGAUUGCCCAUUUCCAAGGUUUGGAUAUGAUGAAAGUCAACAGCAUGCACACCGAACCGAAAAGUCGGCUGGUUAUUGCAACCUUCGUAGGGAAGCAGCGUACAACCUUCACCAUAUUUAUAAGGCAAGUGGGGCUUUGGACCUUGCUAGGCAGCUUUUGCAGGAUUAUUGCACUGUGUAAGUUUUUGUUUGCUGCAAUUAAUAGGUUGAAAUUCAAAUAUGGGUCUCUCACCGUAUCUUAACCCAGUAGAUGGUGGAGCUGUAUGUGUAAAAUCCUUUUCAACACGGCCAUCUCUAUAUCCACCGUCAAGGAAUUGGCCCAAUCUAUCCUCAUUCCUCAAUGUUAUAGGCAUUUGUAUAGAAGCACCACGGGAAGAGUACCCCAUCACCACCAUGGAAGACACAAUUGUAGAAUCUCAGGCUUCUCCCCCGGAGUCCGACAUGGAAGAAUUCUGGAGCCAAACCCCAACAAUCCAUUAUGACUUGGUUUGCAUUUCGGGUGCAGAAGAACAAAAACCUGGUUGCUGCUGACUGCUGUUGUGUGUGCUUCGCUGAGUUUGAACCGGAUUCUAAGAUAAACUGGUUAUCGUGUGGGCACAUUUUCCACAGGACUUAGGAGUGACGGGUCAUCAUCAUCAUCAUCAGUACUUUAAUCCCAACUAGUUUGGAUAGGUGGUAUUAAAUUUACAGUGCUAAUUAAUUGUAUUAAUUAAUUAAUUAAUUAAAAUAACUUAAGAGUGUGUGUUCUUUAAAAACACGGUGACAAACUGACAAUGCUUUAGGUUGAAUGCCAUUCUUAGACUGUUAGAAGAAAUAAUGAGAACAAUUUAAAAUUGUGUCACCAAUCACUAUGUUUAGUGUCCUA